AUGGAGAGUCCAUUAUUAAUUGAAGGUAUUAUUGAUGAAAUAAUAAUUGAAACAUUAAUUAAUCAUUCACAAGAUAAAGAAUCAGUUAGAAAUUUUAAAAGAUCAAAUGAAUAUAUAAAUGGACUUGAACAUAGAAAAGUUUAUUUAAAUGAAAAUUUAAUGAUAAAAGAAAGUCAUUGUGUUCGUUUAACAUCUCGAAAUUCUUAUGUUUAUAAUGGUUUUCGAACAAUUGAAUUUACAGAUGAAUUUAGUCCAGAAUCAGUUAUUGCUUUACAAAUUUCAUUGCUUCCACAAAUUCAUCAAUCAGUUAUUGAUUUAAGAGAAUUUUUAUGUCAAUAUUCAAAUUCACCAAGCCAAUUUAAUCAAAUAAUUAAAAAAUAA